CCCGCCCCUCCCACACUCGCACACCUGCCUCUGUCACUGCCGGGCCGGCUCCCGCCCGCGCCAUCGCCCGUGUGUGAGUGCGUGCUGCUGCUGUUUGCGCGCGAGUGUGUGUGUGUGUGUGUGUGUGUGUGCGUGUGAGUGCCAAAAGGAUCAAAGUGCCAAAAGGAUAACCGACGAGUGUCAGUGAGUGAAGUGGCCGCGGCGGCAUCCCGAGAAGAAGACGACUCCUCAGCGGCGGCGGCGGCAGCAGCAGCAGCGAUCCGGCGGCCCAUUGUUGGAUUGCAUUCCUGUCGUACGCCGUGCGCCAGGAUCACACAGCUUAGGCUGAUUUUCUCACACCCAUAUCGAGGACAGAAGACACGUCUGCAGCUAUCGCUACUGGCUAACUAACGGAGGACGCUCACCGCAGUGAAGCAACGCGAGGACCCGGCUACCACGAGUACUCGAACAAGAUGGGGAAACAAACCGUCCCUCAGGAGAAGCCAUUCGAUUGCACUGUGUGUGACAAGAAGUUCACGCAGGCUAGAAUUCUGAAGGAGCAUCUGCGAACGCACACGGGGGAAAAGCCGUACGAGUGCAGCGUGUGUCACAAGAAGUUCUCCCAGUCUGGCAGUUACAAUGCACAUCUGCGGUUGCACACAGGAGAGAAGCCAUUCGAGUGCGUAGUGUGUGGCAAAGCAUUUGUGCAGUCCACCAUUUUACGUUCGCAUCUGCGGAUCCACACAGGAGAGAAGCCAUUCGAGUGCCUAGUUUGCGGCAAGAAGUUCGCUCAGUCUUUUUCUUUGGUCUCACAUAAGCGUACGCACACAGGAGAAAAACCGCACAGCUGCACCCUGUGCCCCAAAAGUUUCUCUCAAUUGGGCAAUUUGAAGCUACACCUACGGAUGCACACGGGGGAAAAGCCAUUUGAGUGUUCUGUAUGUAAGAAAAAAUUCUCCUACUCAAGUCAUCUCAAAAAUCAUUUUCGAACCCAUACCGGAGAGAAGCCGUACGGGUGCACAGUAUGCGACAUGAAAUUCAUUGAGUCUAACGAUCUGCGCAAACAUAUGCGGACUCACACUGGAGAAAAACCAUUCGAGUGCACAGUCUGCCAUAAGAAAUUUGCACAGUCUUCCAGUCUACAUUCACAUCUACGAAGGCACACGAGAGACAAACCACACGAAUGCAUCGUAUGCCAGAAGAAAUUCGCUGAUUCUUCUGGGCUCAAUUUGCACAUGCAAAUCCACUCCAAUGAGAAAACAUAUAGGUGCGUCGUGUGUGAGAAGGAAUUAUCCAGUUCUUCUACUUUAAGGACGCAUUUUCGAACCCACACCAGAGAGAAACCGUUCGAGUGCACAGAAUGCUCUAAGAAAUUUGCCACACCUGCUCUUCUGCGUAAUCAUAAGCGAAUCCACACAGGAGAAAAGCCAUUCGAAUGCACAAUCUGCUCUAAGAAGUUUUGCCAGCCUAGCGCUCUUACGGAGCAUAAGAAAACGCACUCGUCAAAAAAGCAGUUUAAGUGCACCGUGUGCAAAAAAAAAUUCGUUCAUUCAAGCAGUUUCUCAAGACAUAGGCGCACCCACACAUCUUAAGAAAUUUAGCCCACUACCGAAACAGGCCGCCUUGCGAAAAUGUCGUUAAUGUUUCCAGGUUGGUAAUGGUCAAUUUAAACCCUAUCACACAGUAGCUCGUCUGAAAUCUCUUUUCACGACGAAUCUUUAAUACUUUCCAAUGUCGUAAAUGUGAUCGUCGCUGAUUAAUGAUAAUUGCAGGUAUUUUAGUGCACAUACCAUGUACACUGAUAUAUAUUAGUGAUCAUCAAUGAUUGCUGAUACAUCAGCAUACAAUGUGCACUUUUAAGUUUUCAGAGCAUUUAUCGUUUGUGGCAUUGACUGUAAUAUAAACAAAGUUCUGCCUUAUGUUUUCAUAUUGAGCAUUUUAUUUUUAUUGAAAAGGCUGUGGGUUUUUUAAAAUUAAGUCUCGUGAACCAUUUUAGUGGAUAUUCUUAUAUAGUUCAUGUUUUUUUUUUUGUGUUGUAAGUUUUAGUAAGUUUGCAUAUUAAAACGUUCACUGAAAAACCGACAAAUUAUAUUGUGCAGGCCUAUAAAAUGGGGCUUUAUAUUUUCGCUGUUAGACAUUCUGUUAGUGUUGAUUGAAUCUUAACCUAGUUUUACAAUAUUUUUACAUAUAAUUGAUAGCAGAUGUAAAACCAUCUCGUGAGAUUAUUGUUUGUCGAUCAAUCCGUCCAAGUGCGAUUUCGGCGUGUACUGUACGUUCUAAGUGAAGUAUAUUAUCAUGUAUUAUAAAUAUAUUGUGUUAAUUAUUGACAUCAUCGAAAUGAUUAUCAUUUUGACUACCUCUGUUGUCCUCGGGGUGUUGAUUUAAAACCUAGCUCCGU